CCGCCGCCAUCGGGCCCCGCCCGGAGAUGCAGACGGGGGUGCCCCCCGACGUGUCGUUCGAAGAGGUGGCCAUUUACUUCUCCCCCGAGGAGUGGGCAGAGCUCCUGCCCUGGCAGCGGGCGCUGUACCGAGAGGUCAUGGCUGACAACUACGACCUGGUGGCCAGUCUGGGCUCCACGUCCAAGUUCAGCGACAUGAAGGAGGAGUCGCCCUGUGCUGGGGGGGACAGCAGAGCUUCUGACGUCUCCAGCACCGGUGCCCAGGACGGCUCUGCCAGCGAGGAUGAUGGCGGGGGACUCUGGGACUUGGGGUUCAGUGCCCCCCGCUCCGGCUGGAGCGACACCACCCCGGGGGGCUGUGCCGGGGACCCCCCUCGGGGGGAGCCGGGGCCGCCCCCGUGUGACGGGCUGGGGCUGAGCUGCGGGGCCGAGCUGGGGGCUCCCCGGGCCGAGCCUCCCGCCGCCCCGGGCCCGCCGUUCGUGUGCGGGACCUGCGGCAAAGCCUUCCGGCACCGCCGCAACCUCCUCACGCACAAGCGGCUGCGCGGGGGGAACCGCGCCCGGCACGGCUGCCCCGACUGCGGCCGCGCCUUCUGCCUGCGCGGGGACCUGCUGCGGCACCGCGGCUCGGACCGGGGGCGGCCCCGCUGCCCCCAGGAGAGCCUGGAGCUGCACGUGCGGGCCCACCCGCCCCCCGAGCGCGCCCACCCCUGCCCCGAGUGCGGCCGCGCCUUCCGCAGCCGCGGGCACCUGCGGCUGCACCGCCGGGCACACUCCGGGCACCGGCCCUUCGCCUGCGCCCGCUGCGGCCGCGCCUUCGCCUCGCAGGCCAACCUGAGCACCCACCGACGGCUGCGCCGCCGCUGCAGGGCACCCGCCCGCAGGGAACCCCGGGGGGAGGAGAACAGGGACCCCCAGGGGGAGAGGGACCCUC